GCCUGCCAGCUCCGUCGGUGGCCGGCGAGUCAGCGGGUCGUGCCGAGCCGGGGCCAUGAACCGCGAGAGUUUCACGGCCAGCGAGCGGCUGGUGUCUCCGGCUUACGUGCGGCAGGGCUGUGAGGCCCGCCGCUCGCACGAGCACCUCAUUCGGCUGCUGCUGGAGAAGGGCAAAUGCCCGGAGGACGGUUGGGAUGAAACUACGCUGGAACUCUUCCUGCACGAACUGGCGGUCAUGGAUAGCAACAAUUUCCUGAGCAACUGUGGUGUGGGGGAGAGGGAAGGGCGAGUGGCGUCUGCCCUGGUCGCUCGUCGGCAUUACAGGUUUAUUCAUGGAAUUGGACGAUCUGGAGAUAUUUCUGCUGUGCAACCAAAAGCUGCAGGCUCUAGCCUUUUGAACAAAAUUACCAAUUCUUUGGUCCUGGAUAUCAUAAAGUUGGCCGGUGUCCAUUCAGUGGCCAACUGCUUUGUGGUUCCUAUGGCGACUGGAAUGAGUCUAACUCUGUGUUUCCUAACUUUGCGACACAAAAGACCAAAGGCAAAGUAUAUCCUGUGGCCUCGGAUAGACCAGAAGUCAUGCUUUAAAUCCAUGAUCACUGCAGGUUUUGAGCCCGUGGUGAUUGAGAAUGUCUUGGAAGGUGAUGAACUACGCACUGACCUGAGAGCAGUAGAAGCCAAGAUCCAGGAGCUUGGGCCUGAUUCUGUUCUCUGUGUUCAUUCCACCACGUCCUGCUUUGCUCCAAGGGUGCCAGAUAGAGUAAAAGAACUGGCUGUGAUUUGUGCUAAUUAUGGCGUUCCCCACAUAGUCAACAAUGCCUACGGACUGCAGUCUUCCAAGUGCAUGCAUCUCAUUCAGCAGGGAGCUCGGGUUGGUAGAAUAGACGCUUUCGUACAGAGCUUGGACAAAAAUUUUAUGGUUCCAGUAGGUGGCGCCAUAAUUGCUGGCUUUAACGAUACCUUCAUUCAGGAAAUCAGCAAGAUGUAUCCAGGAAGAGCUUCAGCGUCACCAUCUUUAGACGUCCUCAUUACUUUGCUAUCACUUGGAUCAAGUGGUUAUAAGAAGCUGUUAAAGGAAAGGAAGGAAAUGUUUUCUUAUUUGUCCAGCCAACUAGAGAAACUGUCGGAAGCCUACAAUGAGAGACUGUUGCAUACACCUCAUAAUCCCAUAUCUUUAGCUGUGACCCUUGGGACAUUUGAUGAACACUGUGACAAAGCUGUCACUCAGCUUGGCUCGAUGCUUUUUACCAGACAGGUUUCUGGAGCCAGGGUUGUGCCUCUUGGAUCUGUGAAAACUGUGAGUGGCUAUACUUUCAGAGGCUUUAUGUCCCACACCAAUAGUUACCAUUGUGCUUACCUCAAUGCGGCAUCAGCCAUUGGAAUGACGACACAAGAUGUGGACUUAUUCAUCAAGAGACUGGACAAGUGUUUAAAGACGCUAAGAAGAGAACAAAAUCAAGAAGCUGAUGGACCUGGAGUUGACAGUUGUGACAAAACUGAAGAUGCAGACAUUGAAAUGAUUUUUAAACUAGAAAAUGCUUGACAUAUUCCAGGGUGUGUCUUCAUGACAUGCAAAUGGCUUCUUUUGGAUAAUUAGCAAAAAGUAAUGAGGCUGAGGACCACGCAAGCAGUUUGAGGACAACUCAUGGGGUUUUUGGAUUGAGAAUUUCUUGGAGAAUAUUCCAUCAAGGGACAGAAUGUGUCCUAAGCCAGUCAGUGAUGAUUGUUAGAACCCCCUCAAUCCUUAAGAGCCUUAACAGGUUAGAACAACAAACACUGUUUCUGAUUGUUAGAAUAUUUGUCAUUGAAGCAUCAUACUCACUUCUGACUAAUUUAAUGGCUUAUAAUUACUUCUGAUUCUUUCUGAAGUGUAAGUUGCUAAACCCUGCAGCCAGUUCUUAUUAUUCACAAAAUACUUAGGUUUCUGAUCAUAAAGAGUUUAGAAGGG